GGCACAAGAUUGGCAUGUCACAAUGUUGGAUUAUAGAUGGAUAUUGGCAACAGGAUAAAUUGACAUUUCUUUGAUGGACAAUGUAUUGCUUGAUUACUAUUAAGUCGAAUAGUAGAUGUUCAUUUGCAAGUAAAACAGAGUUACACGGCAACUUACAAACUCAGUACCUGAUGCAUACCCAAGUUGUUUGCGUCACAACUCUCAACAUGGUCGACAUCCAAAGGUCUCAACUCUGUACUUACAUGUCCGCCACUACGGCAUUCAGCAACAGAAACAGGCACUUUGGCCGAGUGUAAAUAACCAGGAUAACAUACAAAUUCUGUGUCCCGCAGCCCUUCCUACAACAAUAAUUGGACUUGGAUAUGUCAAGGCUUCCAAACUCUGUACUUGGUACGUACCCGCCUACCCGCGUACCUGCCUCUUGUACUGCCACAACUCAACACCAACAGUUGGUCAACCCUGUAUGUAGACAACUAACAUCACCACACUUCAACAACAAACAACAAGAAAAAGGCACUUUGGCCGAGUGGUCUAAGGCGCCGUGUUCAGGAUUUAUCUUGCUUCGCGGUCUAGUAAUAGGCGAGGGUUCGAAUCCCUCAGGUGUCAUUCUUUUUGCUGGUUUCUCUUGUUGUCCAACCCCCUUUACCGAACAGAGUACAAGUUGCGAAUGGCGGAGCAGAAGUUUUUCUGUUUUGGCGUCGGGUGUUUUUCUUGUCUCGUCUUUUUUGUGGUUGACAUUCUUGCGCCCACUCUCUGCUUACAUUCCCCUUGCUUGGUGGGGGGUUCGUGGGACGCUGGAAAUUGCGAGUAAUUGUUUUUGUCACACUGUCUCCUUUUUUGCUAUCCUGCGAAACAUUCUUUUUUGCACGUUAUCAAUGGACAGUCGAGUCACUUUGCAAUAUUACAACUUUCAUAGAUAGAGGCGAAAAACAAAAUGGCACGAAAGCGGCGAACUUUGCACAUCUUCCCACAGGAACCCCCAAAAAAUCCAACGUCC